AUGAGUUACAAUACCAGUAGCAGCAGCGAUAGUUUACUCUGUGAAAUAGACGUCAACAUUCAGCAGCAGUUGGAUAACAGUAACUUUUUCCUUCCCGUACCGAAGCAUCUUUGGAAUGUACAAUCGAAAAAAGGCAAGCAGCGAUGUCAGGGGGGAGGGACGUCGCCUAAAAACACUGCACAAUCCAAUCAACCGAGUACUGAAAUGACAUGCGUCAUGCUGCAGAAGAGUAUGCGAAAUGCUCUCUGCAACCUAGAGCUUAUGUACACGAACGACACUGAGCGAUUGAAACAGCGACUGUCUGAGGAAUUUCACCGCCUCCGCGAAAGCGCCGCGGAGCGGACGCGACAGCUAAUUGAUUUAUCAACGAAAGCACAACCUUUGAGUUACCGCGUUUUGUUUGUGCUGAACCUCCGCCGGUGGAUGCUCUGCAGGGGGUUCGAAUUUGCUCUGCAGGACCUUAAGGACUGGCUCCGACUGGCGCUUCUACUGCGAGAAACCGAUACACUACAUUUUCUAAGGGAAUGCACGAAGAAGUUAGGUCCGUAUGCGCGGCAGCGCGUAGAAGACGCUCUAAUCCUGCACGGCUCAGAUAUCGAUUCUGUCUGCCAAGUUGUGAUGGACAUUCCCGUUCCCACCGAUGAAACGACAACGUUUGGGGGUCCUUAUUAUAAUUUGACUCUUAACGAUCUAAUAGCAAUGGGUGACGAGGAUACACACAGCGUGCAUGUGGUUAAUGCGCAGCAUACGAUGCCGUCGCACGUGCGAGAAGGGCUCGUUGAGUGGAUGUUGCUUGUCAAUGUGGAGUUGAAUCUGCAGUUGGAGACAUUCUUCCUCGCAGUUUCUAUACUUGACCGCUAUUUACUCCGUGCAACCAUCCAACCCGAUCGCGAAUACCUCACGGCCUACGCUAUUCUAUUGCUAGCGUCGAAGGUGGAGGAAAAGUGCCUUUUCCCGUUGCGUGACUCCGUUAGACUUUGUGGGAAAACAUACAAGGUGGGUGUCCUGAUUGCGACAACUAACCGUAUAUUUGAAGUACUGGACUGCAAUGUCGUGUACGCUACGCUUAGCAACGUGGGAUUCGGUUUUUUGUGGCAGCAGGAACCUGUAGCAUGUGAAAAGCAGUACUCGUUUCUCACAUACAUCCUUACAACACUUGCCAUUCGCACGCAAUACAGGCAGUAUAGACUCUCUGCACUAGCAGCCGCAGCUGUCUAUGUGAGCCGACUGCGGUUUAAUAUCCCAACGGGUCGACCCUGUGAUGAGGUGGUUGUGCUUCUGCCAGUUAUUAAGGAUGCAAUCAGUUGCAAUAUAUCAGCGAGAUCGGGAGGUGUGUACGACCUCUUCAAGAGAAGCUGCUUCCAUGAGGCCAGUCGUUUCCCGCUGCCAGACCUUCUGUACGGUCUUUGA